AUGUUAUUUUCUAAUCAUAUAUCUCUCUCUCCCCCUCCUUUUCACUCCUUCCCCCUCCUUUUCACUCCUGCCCUCUCUUCCUUCUCUCUCCUGCCCUCUCUUCCUUCUCUCUCCUGCCCUCUCUUCCUUCUCUCUCCUGCCCUCUCUUCCUUCUCUCUCCUACCCUCUCUUCCUUCUCUCUCCUACCCUCUCUUCCUUCUCCUUUUCUCUCCCUCUCUUCCUUCUCCUUUUCUCUCCCUCUCUUCCUUCUCUUUUCUCUCCUCUCUUCCUUCUCCUUUUCUCUCCCUCUCUGCCUUCUCCUUUUCUCUCCCUCUCUUCCUUCUCCUUUUCUCUCCCUCUCUUCCUUCUCCUUUUCUCUCCCUCUCUUCCUUCUCCUUUUCUCUCCCUCUCUUCCUUCUCCUUUUCUCCCCUCUCUUCCUUCUCCUUUUCUCUCCCUCUCUUCCUUCUCCUUUUCUCUCCCUCUCUUCCUUCUCCUUUUCUCUCCUCUCUUCCUUCUCCUUUUCUCUCCUCUCUUCCUUCUCCUUUUCUCUCCUCUCUUCCUUCUCCUUUUCUCUCCCUCUCUUCCUUCUCCUUUUCUCUCCCUCUCUUCCUUCUCCUUUUCUCUCCCUCUCUUCCUUCUCCUUUUCUCUCCCUCUCUUCCUUCUCCUUUUCUCUCCCUCUCUUCCUUCUCCUUUUCUCUCCCUCUCUUCCUUCUCCUUUUCUCUCCCUCUCUUCCUUCUCCUUUUCUCUCUCUUCCUCUAUUUAUCCCUCCCUCCCUCUCCUCUUUCGAAAACAUGGUGGAGUAAUAAUGUCUAG